AUGGAUCCUCCGCUAGCGAUGUUAGCCAGCCUCUGGUUUUACAUGACUCCACAGCCAUCGAAGCCUUCAAUGCACAGCAUUGUAGUAGGUAACUGGCGUCAGUCGGACAAAAACAGGAGAGCUGGAUUCAGCGGUGCUAUAUUUGGUCCUACUAGCCUUGUCAUCAACAACGAGUGUGGAGGAGAGGAUCCUGAGGAACCAGGUGGACCAGGCGAGUCUCGUAGAAUCAAAGCUUUCAAAUGGUUUUGCAGAUAUUUUGGUGUGCCUGCAGGCUCGGAGAGAUCGCUCAGUUGCAAAGGCAUGCUAGAUAAUUUCGAUGCUGUACAGCAUAUGUAUUCAUGGCAACCAGAUUGGGGAAAUAUGUGGAAAUCCAAAGCUUGCGAUUGCGAACCUGCACCUUAUGGAGGACCAUUGCCGUACUAUGAUCCCAAAAUCUAUUCGAACACUUUCACAAAGGAAAACGAUCGGAAUCGCUUGAGAUGUGUCUACAGUAUCUACGAAAAUCCCGAGAUGUUUCGGCUUAACGAAGGAAACUCACCAUGCCUCAAGCACAAACCACGAAUCGCUUUGACGAGGACAGGCUUCAAAAAUGACAAAGCCCCAUGAAAACUAUCGAUCCGUAUUGACGAAUUGUUGCACAAUGUGUUGAUUUUCCAAUCAAAUUUUCC